UUCUCCCACGCCCUCCCACCCACCACCAUAACCGGCCACCACCAUCCAGCACCGCCGGCCACAUCAUCCAGUGGCUACGAAGCAGACGCGCAGCCGCCCACCACUGGCCCUUUCCUCUCUCUCCCAAACCCCCAAAACUCUUCCCUCCACCCUCUCCCACCAAGCAACGCCUCCGACCACCACCAACUUUUGCCGCCCACCGAACGACGCCCACACCAUUCGCCUCCUCCCACCACAGGAGACGCCCACCCACUGUGGCACUAGCUAGAUCCGCGAAAGUGCCGAGCGCAUAGGAUCUUUGAGUCCGAAAGCACCGAACCGGGGGCUCACCCACAGUGAUGAGCCCUUUUGGUGGAGUGGUAUAUCAGUCAAACUCAUGGAUAGGAGAGUAGAUAGUUGAUUUUGUGGGAUUGGAGCCAAGUUAGAGCCAGUUGAUGCCUAAUAUUCAUUUAUAUGUUUUCUGAAUAGUUUAUCUUUUCUGGGUAUUAUCUGCUGACGAAAUAGAGCUUUUCUUAUACAUGUCUUCAUUUCUAUGGAAAUUCUUAAUGUCCUGUUAGUUUAGGUGACGUUGGUUGGGAUAGUGUUUGAUAAAGCCAAGAAGUUUUGAUGAUUUUCUAUGAUUUAUCAUGCAACAGAGAUGGAAUGCAUGUUCGUGUCAAUGGACACUUGAAGAGCUUUUUCGUGUUGGGUUUUCCUCUCUCUAGCUCAAGUCUGAUCAUUUCUAUUCACAAAGAAACAAAUUAUGCAAACAGCUUUCCAUUUUCAUUCAUUCUUGUGCUUCUCUAACAGUUUUAAUACUUGCAGAAGAAACACCACCGCAAAACCAGAUGGGUGGAUGAAAAUGCAAACCCCUCAUUUAAAAAAGCUUACUGGUAGAGAAGUUCACUAUGCAGGAAGACAUGAAUCUCUCAUGACUGUGCCAUCGACCAGAUUGUGUGCAAUUGCCAAUACUGAUGAUGGUUCCCCCCCAUCUGUCCCUGUGUUACAAGAAUAUACAAAUACAAACCAUGUACCCAAUUCGGAAGCAGAGACCUUUCUCAGCAAAUGGUCACCACCCAGGUAUCUGUGGAGGGGAUUGUCAGUUCUUAUCCUGGCAGGACAGGUUAUUAUCAGGACUCUAAAGGGAAAAGUCCACUGGAGGAAUACUCUGCAACAGCUGGAGAGAGUUGGGCCAAGAUCAGUUGGGGUCUGUCUUCUAACAUCAGCUUUUGUUGGGAUGGCUUUCACGAUCCAGUUUGUUAGAGAAUUCACCAGAUUGGGAUUAAACAGAUCUGUUGGUGGGGUAUUAUCUCUGGCUUUCGCAAGGGAGCUGAGUCCUGUCGUUACAUCAAUUGUUGUUGCUGGGCGUAUUGGAAGUGCAUAUGCAGCAGAGUUAGGAACAAUGCAGGUUUCUGAGCAAACUGACACCUUGAGAGUUCUUGGGGCAGACCCUGUUGAUUAUCUUGUGACACCUAGGGUGAUUGCCUCCUGUAUUGCUUUACCUUUUUUGACCCUUAUGUGCUUCACAGUGGGGAUGGCAUCCAGUGCUCUCUUGGCUGAUAGUGUUUAUGGGGUUAGCAUUAACAUUAUCUUAGAUUCUGCUCAAAGAGCACUUAAAUCUUGGGACAUAAUUAGUGCCAUGAUAAAGUCACAGGUUUUUGGUGCAAUUAUAUCUGUUGUGAGCUGUGCAUGGGGAGUUACCACUCUGGGAGGUGCUAAAGGUGUUGGGGAGUCUACAACUUCGGCUGUGGUUAUCUCACUUGUUGGUAUUUUUAUUGCUGACUUUGCACUCUCUUAUUGCUUCUUCCAAGGAGCUGGAGAUUCACUGAAGAAUUGCAUAUGAACAGUUUUGUUAGUGUGUGAUGUUCAGUUGGAGUUUCUCCGUUAUUAUUUGUUUAUUGAUACUGCCUACACAUUGCAUAAGCAAAAGACGCAUUAUUAUAGUUGCUAAUUCAUGAUUUAUGGUCAUUCAGCUUGAGCUC